AUGGGUAAACCUUUAAGCGAGAAGCAAGUGAAUUCAUCCUAAAAUUCACAAAAUGCCCCUAACUCGAGGGAAAAGUUUUUAGGAGCAAGCAAAAAAAUAGCUAAAAAAAAGAAGGAAGUUUCGCUGGACUUAGAAACCAAUUAGGAAGAAGGGUUAGAUUCCUUGAAGCUGCAAUAGCAAUCCAAGAAAGAAACAUCAAAAGAAAUAAUAUAAAGAAGGUAGAAUUUAUAUGAUAGGGAAGAAGAUGAGGAAAUAGAAGAGGAAUACAACAUUGAAGAUGCAAAAUUGGCUAAAAACUCUAAUUAAGAUAAAAUCAGCGACAUAAUUGUAGGCCUUUUGUUAAAAAACAAAAUCAACUCAAAAAAUGCAUUUGAAGUCCCUGUUGUAAAUGUUUUAGAUCUCUCUGAUUUUAAAAACAUAAAUACAGAUUUUGCUUGGAAGAAGCUCUCAAGCACUCUUGAUGCAGGUGCAAGGAUUUAUGGAUAUCGUGUAGACAGUUUGCAUAGUGACACUUAUAAAAUAAGAGGAGGCCUUAAUCGCUCAGAGGUUUAAGACAUAAAAGAUGCUAAUAAAGCAAAUGAUUUAGAAGACCCACUUGAAAAAGAUGAAGAAAUAGAAAAGAAAUUGCAAAAGAAGAAAUUCAAAGGAGGUGAGAGCACUUUAGAAAAGAACUUAGCGAAUAUCAAUGCCACCAAAUACGAUUUAGAAUUCGACAUUGAUCCUCUAUUUCAAAAAACCUCUGCAAAAUUUGAUGACUCAGGAGCUAAAGGACUUCUUAUGAAUGCUAUAGGAAUAGAUUCUGAUGUCUCAAUUUUGCUUGACUCAUCUAAGCAGUAGCAACUUUGGAAGAGAAGAAAGCAAAAAAAAGCAACUUAUGGUGAAAUAGCAAGUUUAAAUAGUGGUAAACCAACAAAUUAUGAGAGUAUCUUUAAGUGCUAGCUUUGUCCCGAAAUGACUAAUUUGGCUCUAGACAUGAGAAAUAAUUCAAAGCAGAUCUUUGAUGUGUCAAGAAUAAGAGAAAACAGGAGAACAAACUUCUUGAUUUCUACAAACUCUGAAAUUUCAAUGUAAAAUAAGCUUAUAAACGAAAUAGAAGAAGGUGAGAGAGAAAUCAUGCAAGAAAUUGAUGCAGCUAUUUUGAAUUAGGUUGAUGAUUAUUUAGAACCUCUUGAAAAAGAGUAAAUACUCUUAUAAGAUAAUCCUGCUUCAUUCAAUGCUGCAAAUCUUUCAAACAGCUUUAAUCAUAACUUGAUAACCACCAAUCCUCAUGGAUACGACGACUACAACGAUUAAAUAAUUCCAGAGUAAGAUGAUAUUCCUCUUGAAGAUGUAUAUAACGAAAAGAAUGCAUUAAACCUUGACAAAUUCAAUUCAAUCGAAGAAGAGCAUGACAAUACAAUUACAGCAUUAAUUGGCGGAGGAGCUGCCACACUCAACACAUCUAUGAACUCACAGUCUAUGAAGCCCCUUAACUUUUUGAAUUUAGAAGAUAAGUUGCAGACAAUUGGAUUUGGGAAAGAAUAUAUGAAUGGAUCAAGCAUAAAGAAUUGGAUGCAACCUGAUGCAUGGAAAUUACCAAAAAAGUAAAACAUCAAAAUACGCAUUUAGGACUUACUCCCAGAGCUUAACAUAUUCAGGUCAAAAAAGCUAAAACAAAAGGGUGAGUGCGAAAUUGACUUCGACAUCUCAAAUGAAGAAGACUUUGAUCAAGUUGUUGAUCCCGAUCCAAUUAAUGUAGAUAAAUAUAAGAGUUCAUAUUCUUAAGAAAUUGGGAUGCUCCCAAAAGAUUAUCACAUCUCUAAGCAAUUAUUGAGCUCUUUUGGAUUUAAAGAUCCUGCUACCAUAUUCCAUCGCUCUCGUCUUGGAAGUGAAUUAGAUGAAGAUGAUCUAAAUAACGACACAAUUGACUACUACGAUUACAACGGUGAUAACAGAAUAUUGCCUGUAAAUACCCAUGUUCCCAGUACUAUGUCAAAAGUGCUGAAUGAAAUUGCAGAAAAAUAGGCAAUUAAGGCAAAGAACUAAAUGCCCAUCAAAGAGCUCAAGACAAAACUAUGGGACAAGCUGGAAAAAAAGAUACCAAUGACUUCAACCACAGGAUAGAGCCAAAACGACUCUCUUUUCAUCCAAAAAAGAGUUGAAGUUGAGGAAGAAGAAAUUCAUUUUAGUGAUGUUUACGAUCAACUCCCUGACUUGAUAGGCCUUCAAAAUCGUAGCAGAGUCUCUCUCUAAACAUGCUUCGUUACAAUUCUUCAUCUUGCAAACGAAAAGACUCUCCGUUUCGAGAGAACUGAGAGAGAAGGUGAUUUCAAAAUAUCAAGAGACUAGAAUUGA